AUAUGAUCUGUCUACUGACUGCGUCCUUUACAGCAAUACAUCAACUGCAUGAUAUUAUUAAAUGAUUACGUUUUUCCUCAAAUGUUUUUCCAGUGAAGGUUUUAUUUUAUUCUGUUUUUUAUUAUUAUUCACGAACCAGGUUUAAUAAUGUCCUUAACAAGAGACGACUGUAGCUACCGGUUUAGCGUUACGCAGACUGCAUGUCUAUAUCAUGACACGUUCAGCUCAAAAACAUUGUUUGUGUCAGUAAUACAGUUUCACAAAAUGCAGAGUAAAUUCUAUUACAGACAUUAAAUACCCAAACCAAAUCUCUCUCUGUCUGUCUUUACUGUCAUUACUGAUAAAAUAAAGUGUGUGGGGUAGAGUAGGAGUUCUGUGACACGCAGAAAUCAGUCUGAGAGUGUUUAGUCUUUAAUAUAAUGAUGGACUGAAUCUGAAGGAAGAAAUGGUUAAUAGAGGAGUGUUUAUAAUCUCUCCGUCUUUGUGCUCCUCCUCCAAAACCACCUCCUCAUACACACAGAGAACCAGGAAGUUCAUUUCAAAGGAAACGAAACUCAGAGUUCAGUGCAGUCUCACACUCUCUCUCUCUCUCUCUCUCUCUCUCUCUCUCUCUCUCUCUCUCUGUCAGUGUGUGAGUUCAGGAAAAUGGCCGAGGCCAGUAUUUCAGUAGAUCAGCUUUCAGUGGAUCAGUUCAGCUGUCCAGUGUGUCUCGAUCUACUGAAGGAUCCGGUGACGAUCCCCUGUGGUCACAGUUUCUGUAAGGUGUGUAUUAAUGACUGCUGGGAUCAGGAAGAGAAGAGCGGAGUGUAUCGCUGUCCUCAGUGCAGAGACACUUUCACUCCGAGGCCUGUUCUACGCAGAAACAACAUGCUGGCUGAAGUGGUGGAGAAACUGAAGAAGACUGAAGUCCAAGCUGCUUCUCCUGCUCACUGUUACGCUGGACCUGGAGAUGUGGAGUGUGAUUUCUGCACCGGGAGAAAACGCAAAGCUGUCAAGUCCUGUCUGAUGUGUCUGGCCUCCUUUUGUGAAACUCAUCUGAAACCUCACCAUGAAGUUCCUUCCUGGAAAAAGCACAAGUUGGUCGAAGCUUCUGGAAAUCUACAAGAGAAGAUCUGCUCUGAGCAUGAUAAAGUGCUGGAGAUCUACUUUCGUACUGACCAAAGCUUCAUCUGUUAUCUGUGUAUGACGGAUGAACACAAAAGCCACGACACCGUCUCAGUUAAAGCGUACAGAACUGAAAAACAGAGAGAGUUAAAGGAGGAGCAGAUGAAAUCCCAGCAGAGAAUCCAGGAGAAGCAGAAGAAGGUGCAUGAGCUGAAACAGGCUGUGAACACUAUAAAGCUCAGUGCACAGACAGCAGUGGAGGACAGUGAGAGGAUCUUUACUGAGAUGAUCAGCUCCAUGGAGAAAAGGCGCUCGGAGGUGACGGAGCUGAUCAGAGCUCAGGAGAAGGCUGAACUGAGUCGAGCUGAACGACUCCUGGAGCAACUGGAGCAGGAGAUCGCUGAUCUUCAGAGGAGAGUCACUGAGCUGGAGCAGCUUUCACACACACACGAUCACCUCCACUUCCUCCAGGAAAUAAAGUCUGAUCUCCGUGAGGACUCGCGCAGCAUCACUGUCAGUAAACAUCUCUCAUUUGAUGGAGUGAGGAAAUCUCUCUCUGCUCUGAAGAAGAGAAUCGAGGAAUUCUGCCUCGAGGAAUUCAUCAGAAUCCCUGAACACGCUGCAGCAGUUCACAUCAUUUUACCCCCAGAACCAAAGAGCAGACAAGAUUUUCUGCAGUAUUUCUGUGAUCUGACUCUGGAUCCCAACACAGUACAUUAUUACCUCAUUCUGUCUGAGAGGAACAGAGCGGUGACGUACAGUGAGAGAGAGCAGCAGUACUCUGAUCAUCCAGAGAGAUUUGACUACUGGGAGCAGGUGUUGAGUAAGGAGAGUGUGUGUGGACGCUGUUACUGGGAGGUGGAGUGGAGCGGUGUUGUGUUCAUAUCAGUCUCAUAUAAAGACAUCAGCAGGAAAGGACAGGGUAAUGAGUGUGGGUUUGGAUGCAACAAUCAGUCCUGGAGUCUGUGGUGUUCUUCUUCUUCUCACUCUUUCUAUCACAACAACAUUGAGACUGAUCUCAGAGUUCCAUCGUCCUCCAGAAUAGGAGUGUAUGUGGAUCACAGUGCAGGAACUCUGUCCUUCUACAGCGUCUCUGACACGAUGAAGCUCCUCCACAGAGUCCACACCACAUUCACUCAGACUCUAUACGCUGGGUUCGAGCUCGGCUGUUAUGGAUCAACUGUGAGAUUACGUGAUCCAGAAUAAAAUAUCAGAAAUGUGAUUUUAUUGAAUUAAAAUGAGCAACUUUACUUUUUUAUAUCAAGCUUAAUUCCAAAGUAAUAUGAGGCAUUUAUUUGUGAUUUCCCAAUUUUCCUUUAACAUUCGAUCUUUCUUUUAGAAGAUUUUAAUGUUAUACAGUAAUGCUUGAAAGUUUGUGAACCCUUUAGAAUUUUCUGUAUAUCUGCAUAAGACCUAAAACAUCAUCAGAUUUACACAAGUCCUAAAACAAGAAAGUAUUACACUUGGUCAUUCAUUUAUUGAGGAAAAUGAUCCAAUAUUACAUAUCUGUGAGUGGCAAAAGUAUGUGCACCUUUGCUGUCAGUAUGUGGUGUGACCCCCUUGUGCAGCAAUAACUGCAGAUAAACGUUUGCGGUAACUGUUGAUCAGUCCUGCACGUCGGCUUGGAGGAGUUUUAUCCCGGUCCUCAGUACAGAACAGCUUCAACUCUGGGAUGUUGGUGUGUUUCCUCACAUGAACUGCUUGCUUCAGGUUCUUCCACAACAUUUCUAUUGGAUUAAGGUCAGGACUUUGACUUGGCCGUUCCAAAACAUUAACUUUAUUCUUCUUUAACCAUUCUUUGGUUGAAAGACUCGUGUGUUUAGGGUCGUUGUCUUGCUGCAUGACCCACUUUCUCUUCAGAUUCAGAUCACGUUCAGAUGUCGUGACAUUUUUCUUUAGAAUUCUCUGGAAUAAUUCAGAAUUCAUUGUUCCAUCAAUGAUGGCAAACCGUCCCAGCCCAGAUGCAGCAAAACAGCCCCAAACCAUGAUACUACCACCACCAUGUUUCACAGAUGGGAUAAGGCUCUUAUGCUGGAAUGUAGUGUUUUCUUUUCUCCAAACAUAACAUUUGUCAUUUAACCCAAAUAUUAUAUUUUGGUCUCAUCCAUCCACAAAACAUUUUUUUCAGUAGCCUUUUGGCUUCUCCAUGUGAUCUUUAGCAAACUGCAGAGGGGCAGCAAUGUUCUUUCUCCUUGCAACCCUGCCAUGUACACCAUUGCUGUUCAGUGUUCUCCUGAGGGUAGGCUCAUGAACAUUAACAUUCGCCAACGUGAGGUCCCUCACUCACACCUGAUCAGCAUCCCAUUGAUUAAAAACACCUAAAUAUAAUUUCACCUUCAAAUUAACUGCUAAUCCUAGAGGUUCACAUACUUUUGCCACUCACAGAUAUGUAAUAUCGGAUCAUUAUAUAAUAUUUUUGUCUCAGUUGUUUAAUUGGGUUCUCUUAAUCUACUUUUAGGACAAAAUCUGAGGAUGUUUUCGGUCAUAUUCUGCUUCAAUACCGUGUUAAAAUCCAUGCUGGUCUACUCAUUAAUCUUACAUAUGAAUCAUCAUGACUGUACUUAUACUGUAUCUAUUCAUUUGGAUGGAUUCUUGGAUAACAAAAUAAAAAAUAUAUUUAAAUGUGUUAAA